AUGUAUCAUUUGUUGAAGGGUUUACAUGAACACCUCACAAGGAAAGAAGAAUUCUCUGUGAUUAUCAUUGGCCUGGACGGGGCAGGCAAAACAACAUUCCUAGAGAAAAUAAAGACCUUGUACAAUGAAGUUCCUGGACUAUCGCCUGACAAAAUUGGACCCACUGUUGGCCAGAACACUGGAACCAUCGUCCUGCCCUCUACUAUUCUACAAUUCUGGGACUUGGGUGGACAGCGUGGAAUACGCAAUAUCUGGCAUCGAUACUAUGGUGACUGUCAUGCCGUCGUCUAUGUAAUCGACGCAGAAGAUCGUGAACGUCUAAGUGAGGGCUGGGAGGUAUUCGAUAGCGUAUUGUCUAAUCCUCAGAUUCUGGGUCUUCCGCUCCUUCUCGUGGCCAACAAGCAGGAUUCCCCACAGAGCCUAUCCGUUGAUGAAAUUCGGCACGACUAUGAAGACUGGCAUCAACGCAAGCUGGAAAGUGCUCGUCGCACACGCUACGGUGAGGCCGAUCACAAUAGCAGUGAUGCUAUGCGCAGAGAGCGUAUAGCCAGUCUCGAUGUAAUGGGCGUGUCGGCCCUAGAAGGCACAGGCAUCAGAGCCGCCGUCGAUUGGCUUUUUAUCCGGGUACAGAACAGCCGCAGAGACGUGAAAAGUACAUCAUAG